ACGUGACCCGGCCACGCAGCAGAGGGAGAGGGCAGCCAUGGGGCUAGGGGCAAGCAGCGAGCAGCCGGCGGGCGGCGAGGGCUUCCAUCUGCACGGGGUACAGGAGAACUCGCCGGCGCAGCAGGCCGGCCUGGAGCCCUACUUCGACUUCAUCAUCACCAUCGGGCACUCGAGGCUGAACAAGGAGAACGACACUCUGAAGGCACUCCUGAAGGCCAACGUGGAGAAACCGGUGAAGCUUGAGGUAUUCAACAUGAAGACCAUGAAGGUUCGCGAGGUGGAGGUGGUGCCCAGCAACAUGUGGGGUGGCCAGGGCCUGCUGGGAGCCAGCGUGCGCUUCUGCAGCUUCCGCAGGGCCAGCGAGCACGUUUGGCACGUGCUGGAUGUGGAGCCCUCUUCACCAGCUGCCUUGGCCGGCCUGUGCCCGUACACAGACUACAUAGUUGGCUCCGACCAGAUUCUCCAGGAGUCGGAAGACUUCUUUACUCUCAUUGAGGCCCAUGAGGGGAAGCCGCUGAAGCUGAUGGUGUAUAACUCUGAGUCCGACUCCUGCCGGGAGGUGACUGUGACUCCCAAUGCAGCCUGGGGUGGAGAGGGCAGUCUGGGGUGUGGCAUUGGUUACGGGUACCUGCACCGGAUCCCAACGCAGCCCUCAAGCCAGCACAAGAAGCCACCUGGCGGCUCCUCCCCACCUGGCACUCCAGCUAAGACCCCACCGCUUAGUGCCUUUCCUCUUGCUGCCCCACCACCAUGGCCCAUCCCUCAGGACUCUUCUGGCCCAGAGUUGGGUUCCAGGCAGAGUGACUACAUGGAGGCCCUACCACAGGUCCCCGGUAGCUUUGUGGAAGGACAGCUCCUUGGCUCUGGGAGUCCUGGCCAGGGUGCUGCUGACUGUGGGGGACGCCUGCAUGCCGUGGAGAUCCCGCUUCAACCCCCACCUCCAGUGCAGCGGGUCAUGGACCCAGGUUUCCUGGAUGUGUCAGGCAUGUCUCUCCUGGACAGCAGCAAUACAAGCGUGUGCCCCAGCCUGUCAUCUUCCACAGUGCUGACCUCCACAGCUGUUUCAGCCUCAGGACCAGAGGACAUUGGUUCCAGCAGCAGUUCUCAUGAGCGGGGCGGUGAAGCCACGUGGUCAGGAUCAGAGUUUGAGAUCUCUUUCCCAGACAGCCCAGGCGCCCAGGCCCAGGCGGACCAUCUGCCCCAGCUGACUCUCCCCGAUGGCCUCACAUCUGCGGCCUCACCUGAAGAAGGGCUGUCUGCAGAGCUGCUGGAAGCACAGACUGAGGAGCCAGCAGACACGGCCAGCCUGGACUGUAGGGCAGAGACUGAGGGGAGAGCCAGCCAAGCCCAGGCUACCCCAGACCCUGAGCCUGGGCUGUGAGAACACCCCUGGUGAUAUUUGGUGUGGCUUAGCUGUAGUUCUCUAGGCUGCAGCCUCUAGUGAGGCACGGGCUUUGCUAGAGUACAGACAUGGUCCUGGAUUGAAGGGAGCCUCUGUAGAGGCAGGAGACGGAAUUGAGACUGUCAGUGAAGCAUUGACACCUCAUGGGGAAGGAGGGAGGCAGCAGGCCCCAACACGAUAUCCAUGUGAAGGUGGGGUGAGGGACAAGAGGCUGUGUCCACAGCAGCCACACCUGGACGGAGGAGGACCCCGAGUCCAAAUGCCCUUCCUCACUCUGAUCCUUACACUGGAUGAGAGGUAGUAUACUUGGCCACUUUAUGUCUAGGAUGGGAAAUUCUAGGCCCGUCAGAGGGAUCUACCUCUGCUAGCUGUACACUAGCCCCCGGGAAGGUGCCAGGGAGCAUACCCUCCAGUUUUUGUAUCCUGUGAUCUCUCCUUUCGGCCUUCACACGCAGACAACAGGCUCUGAGUACACAGGUACAGCUGGCUCUGGUAGACAGGUCAAACUACGCUUACCGUCACACCCUGGUUUCUUCCCCUGGAGAGAUGGAUGAGAGUUGGUAAAGUUCCCUCCCAUCUGUCCUCAGUGUAAGGGAAAGGUGCCUUUAGAGGCUCAGGCUCUGAGAGGACAUCUGCGCUGCUGCCUUGCUACAGAUGGCGCCAGGCAUGGCCCCCGCAGCUCCAGCCCCAUGGUCUUUGCUAGUCAUAUGCAAUAUGCUGUCUUUGGUCUUGUUUUUCAGCCUCUUUGUCCCAGACCAUGAACUGUCGGUUCAGGGCUCUUGGGCUGUUAAGCCAAGGACUCUGUAACAGGAAGCAUAGGCCAAAUAGUACAGUGGGCAAAUGCAACCCAGCACUAGGAAUACAUUUACAGCCAGGCCUGUCACCCUCCCCCCAGUCCACCCCCCCACAGUGCCACCAAGAGGCCUGCAGCGGUACAACAUGGCUUCCCACGGGGCUGCUCUGGGGCCAGCUCAAUUUAGUUCUGUCGUUAGGCAUUCUGAUACCCGGAUGCCCUCAUUGGAAGGGUCUGCUCCCCAGGACCCCAUAAGUGGGGUGAGACGGAUGUUGAUGCUAUUCAAGUAUGAACCCCCCAGAUGUUCCUUUCCCUGUAAUCUUCUAUGGGGAAAGUGACAAGUAAAAAAAAUAAACAUGUCUGGCACAAUGAA